AUGAAAUAAAACAUCGUUAAUUGCACAGUCUCUGGACAUGAAAAUCAAUAAAUUCUGUCUCUUUGUUUAAAUCUUAAAUGUCCCUUCAGAACUGCAUCCUGUUAAUUAUGCAAAUAGGAAUAACAUAAAGACCAUAAUCAAGAUCUCAAAGAACUUAACUUAAUUGAGCAAUAAAUUGUAUCAAUUGAAACCUCAUAAUUGAAUAUGAUUUCAAUCUUAAGAAGGAUGGAAUAUGAGAUUUAAGCAGCUAUCAAGUAUAUCAAUCAUUCUGUUCAAACAUUAAUUGUCCCAAUAGAAAAUUAUAGAAAAUCUGUUAGUUAUAAGACUAUCGAAGAUCUUGGUUUAUUUUUUAAAAAGAUUCAUUCUUUUGAUUAUACCGUAAGAAUUUAUUUAUAUUAUUAUUUAGGAAUAAGUAGGAAGACUAUCCCAGAUUCUUAAUUCUCUUUACAAAUUAAAUUCAUAAGAAAAUCAAGGAAAUAAUAACCAUAUAUAAAUAAUUGCAUCACCAUCAUCAAUCAAAUAAAAUGAAUCAAAACAAUAUUUUGAUUAAGGUUAAAUAAAAAAUCUAUAAUUUAGGCUUUGAGUUAUGCAAAAAGGGUUAAUUUAAUGAGGCUAUAAAGUUAUUUGAUAAGUCGCUUGAGAUUUGUUCGACUAAUAUUGAAGCCAUAUUUUUUAAGGCUGAAGCUUUAAGAAAUAUUGAAGCAUAUGAAAAAUCUAUUGCAGAAUAUGAUAGAUGUAUGAAAUUUGAUUCAGAUGAAAAAUUAGAAUAUAAUUUUGGAAAAGGUUAAAUUUACAUUCAUAUUUCAUAGGUGAAGCACUAAGAGCAAUGGAAAGAUAUGAGGAUGCUAUUUUAUUAUAUGAUAAAGCAUUAAAAGCUGAUAUAAAACAUUUUAAUUCAUUAUUUGGUAAAGCUGAUUGCUUAAGAAUGUUGGGAAUGUUGGAAGAGUCUUUAAAAUACUAUAAUUUUGCAUUGAAAGAAAAUUCAAAAGAUUUUACAUGUUUAAAAUUUAAAGCAGUUAUUAUGGAAGAAAUAGGUUUAGAUGAUUUCUUAGAUUUUUAUAAGAUUGCUGCAUAAAUUGAUCCAAAUGAUGAGUAUGUUCAAACAAAAUUAAGUUUAUAUUCAUAAUGA